AUGGGGAGGAAAAAAAACAUAUUUCCCCAAGUUGGACAUGAAGAUCCAAGACUUAUAAUUCAUUGUAUUCAAAAAAAAAUUAGAAAGCGUAAAUGUAAAUUGAUGAUUAGGUGGAUGAUCAUUGGUUAUGACAUAAAUUUUGAUUUUAAUCAUUCAGAUCUUAACGUUAAAUUGAAAAUCUUAAAAAAUGAUUUUAAUUCAUCAAAUAAUCAAGCUAUAAUUAAGCCAUUAGAUUUAGAAUAUGAAUCUUCAGCUCUUUAUUUUGGAAUUCCUAUAUUAAAUAAUUUGGAUGAUUCAAAUAAUUCUCUUAUAAUUGGACAUUACUUUUUUAAUGAUAAUAUAAACAAGAGAAUCGGAUCAUAUAUAUUUUCUUACUGUUCGAAAAUAAAUCAUUAUGUCAAUUUAUGUGAUUUUACUUUUCAUAUAUUUGUUAUUUCAAAUUAUUAUAAUUGUGAUAAUUAUGGAAUCCCAACCUUUCAGAAUACUAGUAAAAUAAGAAAAUUAUUUAAUUUUAUUAAGUUUAAUUCUUUAAAAUUGACACCAAAAUUUAUUAGUAUUUAUUCUACGGGAGAAAACAAAUGUUAUCCAAUUUUCCUGAAACAAAAAACUGACAAAAUUAAAAUUAAAUACAUUAAUAUUAAUUGUAAUCAAAAUAAUUGCAUUUGUAAAAGCAUAAGAUUUAAAGAAUUGGAAGUCAAUUUAAAAUAUGCUUUCUUGGAUCCAAAGGAUUAUUCGAAUUAA